CCGGAAUACUCCGUCACUCACAUUCUGGCGAAUUCUUGUCACACAAUUCAGAAAGUGUAGAACUGCUUUAGAGCUAAUCUCGAUCAAAUAAGCAGUCAUCACAUUGCUCUCGGCGCACAACAGUUACCCGGGUCUGUAAGGUGUGGCGCUAGGACCCAUAGCCGAUUUCUUCACCAGUGCGCUACUAUUGCCAACGAUCGUGCACUUCUUUAAUAACUCCCUUGGUUCAUAGUCUGCACGUGUCUGUCAUCCAAAGUGGAUAUGGCUGCGAACCGGGUCGGGAGGAGAUGUAACAACAAGGUCCAUUCCCCGAGUAGGGGUCCAGGUAGGGACCCGGGGCUUAGCUUGCAGAAGAGGCAAGCACGGGUCACGGUAAAGUACAACAGAAAGGAGCUCCAAAGACGCUUGGAUGUGGAGAAGUGGAUUGACUGUAGUCUGGACGAGCUCUAUGUGGGCAGGGAGGAGGAGAUGCCGGAGGAGGUGAACAUCGACGAGCUGUUAGACCUGAAGAGUGACGAGGAGAGAACUCACAGGCUCCAGGAAAUGUUUCACACCUGCAAUAACACAGAGGUUUUCAUCAAGGAGCUGGUGUUGAAACUCCACGGGCUGCAGAAACAGGAGGACCUCCACAACGAUGGCAUCGAACAACCCCAGCUACACAUCUUCCCCAACCGGCAAGAUUCUGCAGACCGAGAGGUGAUCUGAAGGCCCUGUUAUGUUACCCUUCAAACCCAGCACCCCCAUUCCCCAGCCCGAUGACAUGGACCUUACCUGAAAAACAUGCAUAACAUUGAGUCUUGCGGGUCUACACACGUUGCGCUACACACUGUCAAAUACACAGAUCUGACCACUUAUCAGAAACAUUGCAGACACCUUAUCUUCUGUCCACACACACACACACACACACACACACACACACACACACACACACACACACACACACACACACACACACACACACACACACACACACACACACACACACACACACACACACACACACACACACACACACACACACACUACAAUGCACAGGCAGUCCCUGCAACAUUUGGACCUCCUACAAUGUCAUAUGAAUUAUGUUUUAUUUUUGUCAACUUAUAAAGUGUCCGAAUUGUGUGAAACAAGCUGCUUCACUGUUGGGUCGCUACUGCUACUUGUGUUCUGUGUUUCCUCGAAUUGUUCUGCUGUUCUCUCUUAUUUUCCAGUCAAUUAUGCAAUGGCAUAAUGCUUUUGUUGCAAAGCCCAUGAAGGUGUCAAAUUGUUGGCCUGUGUCAUAUGUUGUGAGAUGCACCUCUAAUUCUGUUUAGCUCAUAAACCAUAGGCAGAGUCCAGCAACAUACUGUAGGUACCAGUGUCAGUCUGAAGGUAAGAAAGACCACUGGGUUAGUCGAUUGUACCUAGCUACAAGCAGGCCUACCAUAUUUUCAAACUGUAUCCAGCAACAGGAGACAAUAGUUCAUGUGGUCAAGUGGAAGAAAAAAUCUCUCUCUCUCUCUCUAUAUAUAUAUAUAUGGGGAGAAAUAUUGUGUUGUGAUAUUCCCAAUGAGUUUAAUGACCAUAUACAUAAAGCUACAAAGGAUAUUUUUCAUGAAGACCAAGCAGUAUUGCUUGGCAGGUUGUCAACUGUCACUCACAAAGUGCGUUUUGGCUAGCUAUUAAGGAAAAUGUACGAUAACAUUUAAAGCUGUCAGCAAUACCAGGUCCUUUAUUUCUUACCCAAGUGUUUGUAUAUCUAUAGAUGGAAUGCUGAGGAUUUUUCAGUCAACCAAAGGAUAGUACCCCAACUGCUUCACUGUUGCCCAUCAGGUACACAAUGUUUCGUUUUGCAUCAUUUCAACACGGUUUGUAAAUGUUUAGUUCUCUGGCUGGUUGUAAUUGCUUGUAUAUUUGGUUUGAAUAUAUUUUAAAUUCAGCUUUUCCAAGAGUAACUUAAAAUCUUUAGGAUUCAUACAGUAUAGUGUUUUCUAGAUUAGAGGCUGUAUUUACGUAUUACCGCAAGGUAGUGUUGGCCAAUGUGUUUAUUUAUUGAAUUGUUUAAUUUUUUAAAAAUGUGAUUUAUGGAUAAACAGCGCCCUCUCCUGGCUAAAUGUACUUAGCAGUAAUUUACAACAACAUUACAUUUGACCAUGACAGUCUACUCUGCACACCUUUUGGAAACCGGGUGUUUAUUUAAUCCCAUAGGGGUCAACCCAUUUACCAUCACUGUAAAUAGAUUGCUAGGGUAUGACUGAGGGUAGACAGAUAGUAGCCUAUAUGAUGCUAAGUGAAGUGUCAGUGCAAUGAUGCAUGUAAUAUCGGAGACGAGUCAGAUAUUUCAAGCACCAAUAACUUUAUCACAGCAAUCCUACAGUAUGAACUCUUACUCAAUCCAGUCCAAUGCUAUCUAAUCUGACAGACAUGGUUCAUUGGAAUAGCCUGUAGAUGGCAGGAGAACACAAGUCAACAUUUCCUUUCUCAUUGUAUUAACGAGGAGACGGGACACCAUCGAGUCAGCGUCAGGAAUGUCUUUAGUAAGAUGAAACCAGAUAUGCUUAGAGAGCAUUAUGGGUACUGUAGUACAUCAUGCUACACCUCCUUUUAUCAUGCUACCGUCGUUAGCCUCAAUUUCACAAUUUACGGUGGAAUUUUGCAUUGCUCUAAAACACUCUGUGUAUGUAUACGCCUAUUUGUUGCUGAAGCUUGUCGGAUCCACGAGUCACAGACCAACCAGGCUCCUCGUCACCUUCACAGUUGUGUGUGUGUGUGUGUGUGUGUGUGUGUGUGUGUGUGUGUGUGUGUGUGUGUGUGUGUGUGUGUGUGUGUGUGUGUGUGUGUGUGUGUGUGUGUGUGUGUGUGUGUGUGUGUGUGUGUGUGUGUGUGUGUGUGUGUGUGUGUGUGUGUGUGUGUGCUGUCAACACACCGUUGACUAUAUUUGUUGUGUAAACAUGACAAAUUCCACCUGAGAAUUAAGGAUUUCUGGUCUGUAAGAUGCAUAUUUAGAAAUGUUGUCAUGUGUCAUGAUCAUGGAAUCAGAUGAACUUGUGAAGUGAACUUUCCCCCUUGGCAGUCCAUGAUGGUUUGGUAUAAGUGUUGUUCCACGAAAUGAGUGCCUUUUGCAUCCCUUUGCUAUUUUAAGUAAAAAUUGUGCGGCAAUAUUGAAUUUUAAAAGCCAGUUAUAUGAAUAAAUGUGCCCUUUAAUAUAGACCACAUAGAUAAUUCAAUACAUCUGAUUUUUAAUACGAAUAAAGACUAACUAAAGCGCUAAAAUUCAGCAUUUUGACACCCUCUGUGACUUCUAGGAACCCGCUUAAUCCCCACAUUUCUCUUAUGUUUUCACCAUCCUUGUAAAACCCUAGUUAUUUUGGUGCUUUGACAAAGUCAAUUCGGAAAAUUCUUAUUUAUUUAAUGUGAUUAGUGAUUCAUUUAUGACUGUCCCUCCUUUUAAAGUCAACCCUGUUAGGUGAACUGAACUCUCAUUUUAAUGUAGUGAAACUAUUAUUUUUCAAAUAUCUUUUCAAAAUAAACAUUGGAUAUCUAAUAGUCAAACCAUA